AUGGAUCCAAAACUCCACCAGGAGUGGACCUCCUUCGAGGUACAGGAGGCAAGGUCACUUAUUGCUAGGCUAAGCAUCAAUAUGAUCGACUCCUAUGAUGCUGAUGAAAAAAACAAGGUGCACAACCACAUCGUGGAUGCUCUCCAUGGAUUGUUCCCGUGGAAGACGAACGAGCAGGUAACAGACUUUUAUGUCACUCUCUACGCGGAGAUGCAUAUGAUGCAGGGGCAAGAGGACAGCCAUGCUGGUGGUGGUGGAAUGCAUACAGCAUGCGCUCUGCCUAACCAUGUGAACGGUAGCUUUGGGGUGCCGGAGGAGGAGAGUGGUUGUGCUAACGGCGCACAAGGUGUUUGUGCCAUGGGCGACCUCGCCGCGAACAGUGUUUUUAUGGUACCAGAGGAGGAGGGGGAAGAAAACGUGGAUGGUAAUGUCUUGGUGUUUGGUUCUCCAUGUGAGGAGACGAAUAUCAUGCCGACGGAGGCAUCACUAACGGUAGAGGAGCAGGAGGUGGAGGUGUUGGAGAACAAUUUUUCCAGUGACCAACAAGUUACGGCUCCAAAACCGGUAGUGGGGCCUUGGGGCAAAGAGGAACAAAGGUUGUUUGUUCUAGGGUUACGAGCAUUCGGCCGUGGUGACUGGAAAAACAUAUCAAAGUACUUCGUCACAACCAGGACUCCAGUCCAAGUAUCAAGUCAUGCACAGAAGUUCUUCAGGAGGUUGAAGAACAGAGCAUUGUCCAAUACGCAGCGUCAUAGCAUCAAUGAUGAUGUGGACCCCUAUUAUGCCAACACAUUGACAAGUGAGAGUGGCUCUGGUGCCGGGCAAGCGCUUACCUUCACGGGUCUCAUCCAUGACCCAAGCAUUGGAUUGGAAGCUCCGACGAGCUCAUUUGUCACCCUGGACAAUAUAGCUCAGUUGCUCUAUAGUCAACAAGUGGUCCAGCAACCAUUGUGGAGUGAGCAGCAGAUGAUGGGUUCUGGUGCAGCAACAAUGGACGGGGUUGGGAACUUUGAGCCACCAUGUCGACAAGGAUCGACUUAUCUUCCUCCCCGCAAUGGAUGA